AUGGAAGCGCAAUCUCAGCUGUUCCUCAUCGUUGUCUACUUCAAAUUCAAAGCCUAUCAGUCUAAAACUUACCAGCUCACAAAUGGUAAAAGACGGUCACUUCCAGCUCUUUAUGUACUUGCUCCGACAUGCUUCCGUGAGCUGGUAUAUCAAGAGUUAAACAGCAAAGCUAGGGAUGCUGUUAUAUUGUUGAUUGACCAAGAGAGGGAAGGAGAGCUGAUAGAUAGAGCCCUAUUGAAGAAUGUGCUAGAUAUUUUCGUUGAAAUUGGUAUGGGGCAGAUGACUUAUUAUGAGAAUGAUUUUGAAGAAGUAAUGUUGAAAGGCACAACUGCUUACUAUUCGCGGAAGGCUUCUAAAUGGAUCUUAGAUGAUUCAUUCCCUGACUAUAUGUCGAAAGCUGAGGAGUGUUUAAAACGUGAAAAGAAUAGGGUUUCUCAUUAUCUUCACUCUAGUAGUGAGACAAAGUUGCUUGAGAAAGUACAACAUGAAUUGUUGUCGGUUCAUGCCACCCAACUGUUAGAGAAGGAGCACUCAGGUUGUCAUGCUUUACGUAAAGAUGACAAGAGGAUUUGUCGAGGAUGUAUAGGCUCUUUUCUAAAAUACCCAAGAGGCUUAGAACCAGUAGCCAAUAUCUUUAAGCAGCAUGUUACCGGUGAAGGUACUUACUUGGUUAAACAAGCGGAAGAUGCUGCAAGCAACAAGAAGGCUGAAAAGAAAGAUGUUGUCGGCUUGCAGGAACAGGUGUUUGUAAGAAAUGUUAUUGAGCUCCAUGACAAGCUCUUAAGGAAGCUUUUGAAAUCUUCUGCAACAAGGGCGUUGCUGGAAAUUCCAGCGCCGAUCUUCUUGCAACGUUUUGUGACAACAUUCUCAAGAAAAGGUGGAAGUGAAAAAUUGAGUGACGAAGCUAUUGAAGACACUCUGGAGAAGGUCGUUAAACUUCUUGCAUACAUCAGUGACAAGGAUUUAUUUGCAGAAUUUUACAGGAAUAAGCUUUCACGCCGCCUGUUGUUUGAUAAAAGUGCUAAUGACGAAAAUGAAAGAAGUAUUCUGACAAAGUUGAAGCAGCAACAUGGUGCCCAGUUUACUUCAAAAAUGGAGGGAAUGGUCACAGAUUUGGCUCUAGCUAGAGAGAAUCAAGUUAGCUUUGAGGAAUACCUCACCAAUAACUCACAUGCUAGUCCAGGCUUUGACUUGACAGUUACUGUCCUCACCACGGGUUUCUGGCCAACUUACAAGACAUAUGAUCUUAAGCUGUCCGCUGAGAUGGUCAAGUGUGUUGAGGUUUUUAGGGAGUUCUACCAGACAAAAACAAAGCACAGGAAACGAACAUUCAUAUAUUCUCUGGGAACUUGUAUUGUGAAUGGAAAAUUCGAUCAGAAAACAAUAGAGCUAAAUGCGGCUGUCCUGUUGCUGUUCAACACCACGGACAAAUUGAGCUAUCGUGAGAUCAUGACUCAGUUGAACUUACCUGAUGAUGAUGUUAUCCGACUGCUACUCUCGCUUUCAUGUGCCAAGCACAAGAUUCUGAACAAGGAGCCCAACACCCGAACGAUUUCUCCAUCUGAUGUUUUUGAAUUCAAUUCCAAGUUCACUGACAAGAUGAGGAGGAUUAGGAUUCCGUUACCCCCAGUGGAUGAGAAAAAGAAGGUAAUCGAGGACGUUGACAAGGACAGACGUUAUGCCAUUGAUGCUUCAAUUGUGCGUAUCAUGAAGAGUAGGAAGGUCUUGGGCUACCGGCAGUUAGUUGCCGAGUGCAUGGAACAAUAGGGUCGCAUGUUCAAGCCCGAUGUCAAAGCGGUCAAGAAGAGGAUUGAGGAUUUGAUUACCCGCGAUUAUUUGGAGAGGGACAAGGACAACCCUAACCUAUUCAAAUACUUGGCUUGAUUCAUGCCAGCCAGCGAUUGAUUGUGCAAACUGGUCCUUAUAGCCCUGGGAGAAUGUGGGCUAGAAACUUUGUAUAUUCUGCCUGGGUAUUUUGGUUGCGUUUUCUACAUUUUUUGACACUUAGGGGAGUUUUCCUAUAGAUUGGUUCGUGUUUCCGGGGAAGUGCAUGAUUUGUAUCUGUUUUCAAGCAGUGAAGACAAAAAUAGAGCCAGCAAUCUGCUUCCUUUGGGCAUGUCCUUUAUACUUCUUUAACUGGUAUACUCUCUUUUUAUUGCUUUGCCAUCUUCUCGGGGUAAAUGUCAAGAUUCCAGUAAAAGCAGCCUCAUGUUUAGACUUUGAUUUUUCGUUAUUAUUUGUUUUCAUGUUCCUCCAAUUACUCCUGACAUUCGAUGCAUGACGCAUGUUGGAUUCUGUGUGUGUAUAAAAAUCAUAUUUUACGACUUUCUAGUGCGGAAGCUUGAUUCGAUUGUGCUUCUUUGUAUGGUGUCUCGUCAUACUUUAUUUUCAACUUGGAAAGCUCAACUUGAGGAAGAAAUUUAGAGGGGUGUAGGGGUAAAAUGCUAUGUUUGGU